UGCAACAAAAACAAUCUAUUUGCUUAUCUUUAUUUUAUGAGGAGCAAAAGUAGAGAAACAUUUUCAAAGUUCUUAGUUUAUGUUUGCUUAUUGAAAGCAAUACACAAUAAUAUUUUGUUAAUUAAUAAAGAAUAACCUGUAAAUAUGCCUCGAGGUAUUACUUUGGCGUUAUGUAUAAAACAGUUGAUAAUAUCAAAAUAUCAAUCGGGUGUUAAGCAAGCAAUCAUUGCUAAGCAGUUAGGAUUAAACCGCUCAGUCGUUUCCAAAACCAUAAAGUUACACCACAUUAGGAACUCAUUAAUAAGUCCACCUAAAACUGGUAGGCCUAGAAAAACGACGCCUAGAGUUGACGAGAAGAUUAAAUCCAUAGCUCUUGAAAAUCCAUUUAACACAGCAAUGGAUAUAAAAUCUCAACUAGACGAUGUAAAUAUUAGUAUCCAUACAGUUCGAAGACGUUUAAGGGACAGUGGCUUGCCGGCAAGAACACCAUCCAAGAAACCCUUCAUUUCGAAGAAGAAUCGAACCGCCCGAGUUCAAUUUGCACAUGGUCAAAAGCAAGAUGGAAUACAGUAUUAUUUUCGGAUGAAAGAAACCUUGAUUUCCAGCAACAACCACAUUUUAACUUCAAGUGUCUAAGAGCAUGCUUUUGCAGCACAAACAUAGAGUUAAAUAGAUUUGUGGAUGAGUGCUCCCAAAAACGAAUCCCAUAGAGUAAGUGUAUACCAAUGAAAAAUGGAAGCUGCUCAAGGUGAUCUUUGAACUUUAAUCUACGGCCAAUAAGUAUACCUAAGAAUUUAUUAAAAUUAUUAAUAGUAACGAUUUGUGAACCCAAACUUAUGUCUUCUUAAGUCUCAUGAGUCUUGCAAAGUUCAUUUUAUUAUCCAGAAAAUCUUGACUCAUCCAUCUUUAUUUAUAUUGGAGACUGUUUGCUUGAUGCAUAAGAAGUAAUCUUUAGUUAUCCAGUCAGAAAAUGUAAAUAAUACUUGGUCCUGAUAAAGUAUAAAUUUACCAAUCCCUACAUCUUCCUUAAUGAAAAAAUCAUUUUUUUACAAAAGUAAAAAAAUAUUUAACCAUCUUCCAUGGCCUCUUCGUAAGACAGUUUCUUAUAAGUUAUUUAGGAGAGAGCUAAGAAAGAUAAGGCUACUACACUAUGGAAAAAUAAUUCUUGGACAAUUUUUAAAGUUAUUUGACUUUGACUUUAUUGAUGAAAAAAAAAAGUUGAUUUAUUGUAGCUUUUACAGUAUUGCAUGAUGAUAAAUUAUG